AUGUCUUCUGACGAUUCAAAUGAUUUGGCUACUCUACUAGCUGCGUUGAAGGCUCAAAUGGCAGAAGACAAGGCUGCAGCAAAUGCCGAGAGUGCCUCCGUCCGGGCAGAAAGCAUUGCCUUAAGGAGUAAGGUAGAGCAGUUGAUGGCCCAGCUUUCCACACUGCCUCCGACCUCACAGGUCCGUCUCAACAUCGGCUCGAUGCAGUCACUCCAUUCAUGGACUUCCUCCGCCCCCAGCAACUCUUUCGACCACAACCAAUCGCAUCGCGCUGGUGGAAAUGCCGAAAAAAUUUCAUCUCCUAACAUGCGCUCCUUCGAUGGAACCAGUGAUCCGGACGACCAUAUGGCUCAGUUUAGACAGAGUAUGCUCACCCUCACAGUGUUAAGGGAGUCUCGUGAAGCAUGCAUGUGCAGAGCGUUUGGAUGUUGUCUUACCGGUCCAGCACUACAAUGGUUCAUCAACCUCCCUAAUGCCUUCAUCAAUUCAUUCGCCCAGCUGACAGAUCUUUUCAUAAAACAGUUCACUAGCAGCAGGAGGUUGCACAAGGCUUCAGACGAUCUUUAUAAGAUCAAACGCGGGCCGGACGAAUCUCUUCGUUCAUACAUUGGUCGUUUCUUGGUGGAGAAGGUAUUGAUCCCUAGUUGUAACAUGGAAACAGUUGUCAUGACUUUUAGAAAGGGUUUGUCACCCUCCGAUGAACUCUACACGGAGUUGACGAAGUUCCCGUGCACCAACAUGGAAGAUUUGCUAGCUCGUGCAUGGGCCCAAGUGAAAUAG